GAAAGAGAAACAGAGCGAGAGAGAAAGAUGGCGUCUCCAAUCAUCUCGCUUCGUCUCGCAUUUCUGGUUAUCCUCCUGGCAGCGGCGCACGCUCGAAACACUCUACAGAAAGAAUCCAGUCAGGAUCCCGAUCUUGUCACCGCCCUUCCCGGCCAACCGCCGGUGAAAUUUCGGCACUACGCCGGGUACAUCGGCAUUGGGGACCGACAAGCCAAGGCGCUCUUCUACUGGUUUUUUGAGGCCGAGCACCGCCCCAGUGAGAAGCCUCUCGUUCUCUGGCUCAACGGAGGACCAGGAUGCUCAUCCGUCGCAUACGGCGCGGCGCAGGAACUGGGGCCUUUUCUGGUACGGAGUAACGGCCCGAACAUUACGCUGAAUCCAUUCGCCUGGAACAAAGUGGCCAAUCUUCUAUUUCUUGAAGCUCCAGUUGGUGUCGGCUUCUCCUACACCAACCGAUCAUCGGAUCUUCGCAAACUAGGUGAUCGAGUCACCGCCGAGGACUCCUACUCCUUUCUUCUCUCCUGGUUCCGCCGCUUCCCCCGCUUCAAGUCCCACGACUUCUACAUCGCUGGGGAGAGCUAUGCCGGACAUUAUGUUCCCCAGCUGGCGGAGAGAAUAUAUGAAGGAAACAAAGCUGCAAAGCAGAUCUCAUUUAUUAAUCUCAAGGGAUUCAUGAUAGGGAACGCGGUUCUAAACGACGCGACGGACCAAAUGGGGAUGGUGGAGUACGCUUGGAGCCACGCCAUUAUCUCCGACGAGCUCCACGCCAUCAUUCUCAAGGAGUGCGGCUCCUUCCAGCAGGAUGGUGACCGGCCGGCCGGCCCGGGAUGCUCUCCAGCCCUGCGAGCUUUUCUCCAAGCCUAUUCCGACAUCGACAUCUACAGCAUUUACACGCCGGUCUGCCUCUCAUCAUUUGACCGUUCUAGCCGCCGGAAGUCUAGACUUGUAGCUGCCCCUCUGCUCUUCUCUCAGCAAGACCUCUGGCCUGGAAUGAGCAGAGUGGCCGCCGGCUAUGAUCCAUGCACGGAGGACUAUGUCGAGACAUACUUCAACAGGGAAGAUGUUCAGAGAGCUUUGCAUGCCAAUGUCACGCAACUCUCCUACCCGUACUCCUCGUGCAGCGAGGUGAUCGAGAAGUGGAACGACUCGCCGGCCACGGUUCUGCCCGUCCUUCGCCGGCUAUUGAACGCCGGCCUCCGCAUCUGGGUCUACAGUGGCGACACAGACGGAAGGGUUCCGGUGACAUCAACUCGUUACAGCAUCAACGAGAUGCAUCUAAAGGCGAAGCAGGACGAGAGGAAAGGGAAGAAGAAGGAAUGGGGUGGGUGGAGAGCUUGGUAUCAUAAGGAGCAGGUUGCAGGAUGGGUAGUGGAAUAUGAGGAAGGGCUUUCAUUGGUGACAGUGAGGGGGGCCGGGCACCAAGUUCCAGUCUUUGCCGCUGCCCGUUCCCUUGCCCUCUUCUCUCACUUCCUCCAUGGCCGGACGCUCCCGGCUGACCGCUUCGCCGGGGCCUAAAUUGCUUUUGCUUUUGUGACUGACUUCUUUCCUCGUCUUCUUCUCUGUGCUUGCUCUGUAGUGAGGAGUUCUGCUCUGCAAGCUACACCAAUUGUUUGGGUAUUUCAUUUCACAGUUUUAUUUUUUGCCAUCUUUGAUUUUAUUUUAUUUUUGUAUCGAUUGAUUUGGUUGGUAAGACACCGAGUUGAUGUUUGGAGUAGAAUUUACGU